UUCUAAAAACCAAAAUUCUUUCAUUUCAUAUAUUUUCCUGUAUUUUUUUAUUGUAUGUACCUUUGUUUUACGUAUUUUACUACAUACGUUUCUAAAUUAUGUUGUUUUAUUAUUCGUACAUACAUUAUUGUUCAUCGUAUAUAUAAUUACGAAGUAAAAAGUAAAACUAUAUAGGGACACCAUCUAGGUGCGCGAGUAUUAACUCACUGAAUACAAAAAUACAUUUGUACAUAAGGACUAAUGAUCAUGGCAGUCGACGCCCUCAAUAAUAAACAACAACAUAAGGAUAAUAUAGUUUUAUUAUCUUAAUAUAUACCAAAAUUGUAUAACAAAUGAUUUACAGAAAAAAGUUAAUUAUGAAAAUAUGUCACUGUGUAUAUAUAUUUUUGUGAAUAAACCAGUAGAAUAUAUAUACAACUGAAACAUUUUCAAGUUUCAUAACCUUUUUAAAAAUAACAAAAUGAUAAAAUUAAGUACAUGUGAAAUUGUUAAUGAAGUUGAUAAUAAAUGUUUCACAGUUUAUGUGGAAUGGUUAAAUUCACAUUUUAAAAUAAUGUUGUUAAGCUCAACAAUGCCACCACUAAGUGGUGAGAUGAAUACCGAAGAUGUGGAAAAUUUUUGUGAUGGAUUGGGUAAAUCAUUUGAUGAAUAUCUACAAGAAACAAAAACAAUAUUUUGUGGAAAGGAUAAAGAAACUCAAUUUUUUAUCGAGGAUGAUAAAUUGGAAUGGAGAAGAAAUGUAUGGACUCUAGGAAGAAUUAAGCUGCAACCUGUUGUGGAUAUAAAAGACUUUUCUGGAUGUUUUCAACAAUUAUUACAAUUUUAUCAAAGUAUUCAAGAUAGAAUAAGUAUAUUAGAAGAAGAAAAUCAAAAUUUAAAAAAUGAAAAUACAGAUUUGCUUUCCAAAGUAGAAAAAAUCACAAAAAACAAAACUGUAAUGGAACAGGAUCUUUAUAAAAAGUUUAUAUUAAUUUUAAAUUCAAAAAAACAGAAAAUAAGAGAGCUGGAAGCUGCAAUACAAGAGAAACAGAAUGCUGCAGAGUCAGUUUUUGAUGCAUGUACAGAUGAAGGUGAAGAAUCAGAUGAAAAUAAUCAAGAACUUGAUAAUAAUUCAAUACGUACCAAAAUUAAUAAACGAAAAUCUCUUGAUAAUGUUAAUUCUGAAAGUACUCACAAGACUAGAAAGAAAGAUUCUACUGUAAAUAAGAAUUAUACUGAUAACAAUGCAACAAUUAAUAAAACAUCUCUUAUUAAAGGUUGUGUAAUCGGUAAAGCACAUUCUACAAACAAUUCCUUAACGUUAGAUAACAAAAAUAUUCUUGAAGAUGAAAGUUCUAGUUCUAAGAUCGAAGCAUUAAAACCAAAUUCUAAUUUUGUUGAUAGUGACUCGGAGGAAGAUUUGUUUACUUCUUAACAGAAAUUUACUUGUACUUUUAUUGCAUACUAUUCACAAGUCUAAAAUGUAAAUUGUGCAAUUAAUAAUCAGAACUUGUCUAUAUUUUGAGAAUAGAAGAAAACUUCUGUGGAAAAGGUUUUUAAAAACAAAUUAGUAUCUUAUUAUCAUUUGUAUAAAAUAUGCAGCAUGAUAAGGUAACUUUAUGUAAUAAUAACAAAUUAUAAGAGACUUGAGUCUUUCACAGCCCAGCGUCAAACAGGUAUUACUGUUGAGGCUUUCUUUUAGGACACAGCUUACACCUGAAAGCCUCAACAGUAAUACCUGAAUAACAAAUUAUUUUAAAUUGAAAAGAUAAAUAUUACUACAUAAGGUACAAUAAUUUUAUAUGAAGAUUAGUAU